AUGAUAGACCAUUUGACGUUGCACACGGGCGUGAAGAAUCACGCAUGCGAUAUAUGUGGCAAAUAUUUUGGCAUGAAAAGAACCUUGAUUAGACACAAAAGGGAGACGCACUCCGAGAUAAAACCCGCCUAUACAUGUCAAUGUGGCAAGAGUUACACACUUAAAGGUAAUCUCAGACGUCACGAAAGUUUAGGGACAUGUAAAAUUUCGCGAAAGUCAAGUCGAGUCGCGUCCGAUAAAUCUCAUAUAAUGGACCAUUUGACGGUGUACACGGGCGUGUCGAGUAACACGUGCGAUAUAUGCGGCAAACGUUUUGGCAUGAACAAAACAUUGAUCAAACACAAAAAGGAAAUUCACUCUGCAAAAGACCCGCCUUUAUAUUAUGUGAUAAUACAGUCUGCAGUUCUUCAAAAUUUAAUGGGCUUGGCCCACAAUUCUAGUCAAGUGAGUUUGGCGGAUUUUACCGCCGCUUCCCAUAAACCGCCAAAAUGGGGAGCGUUGGGCGGAAUGAAUCCCCAGCAAAUGCCCUCGUUGGCACAGGAAUUGAUUGAGAUCGGACUGC